AGGACUUCUCACUUGUUGAAGUCAACAGCUUUCUCCUUAAAUUGCCAUUUUUUCCCAGAGGAAGCGUAUAUUUGGAUUAUCAAGACUGAGUAGCAGGACGCCACACGUUCUAACCUCAACAUCUCAACAUGGCUGCUUAUGCCCUUGUCACAGAGAACUUUAAGUUCGCAUCUCUCUUCUUCAAGAGUAAAGAUGUGAUGAUAUUUAAUGGUAUGAUCGCUCUGGGCACUGUGGCCAGCCAGACGGCGUACAACGUUUUUGCCUUUGAUUGUCCGUGCUCUCCCUCCAGGAAUUAUUACUACGGCCUGGCCGCUAUUGGUGUUCCAGCGUUGGCCUUUUUUGUUGUGGGAAUAUUAUUGAACAAGAGAACUUGGGACCUGGUAUCAGAGUUCCGCAUCAGGAAGUUCCGCAAAAUGUCAGCAGCCGCAGGAUCCGCGGUUUUGGGGAGUAUUCUGGGCCGAGCCGUGGUGGCACCGCUGACAUGGACUGUUCUCUCCAUGCUGCAAGGUCACGCCUACACAUGUGCUUUAAGUGAGUUUACAGAAUCCAGGACAGUGGAGGGCUUCCCCCCAGGUCAAGACAAAGAGAUAAUGGCAAAGUUCCCGUGCAAGGAAAGUCUUCCAGAAGACUUGCAAGGCUUCUGGGCAGUAAUUGAUCGGCGUCUGAAAUAUGAAUCUCAGCUGAUAGGUUGGAUGAUCCUGGCUGGAAUGGCUCUGACGGUGUUCCUGGUGAUGUGUUUCAAACGAUGCUGUUCGCCCCUUGGCUACCAGCAGGAGGAAUACUGGUCCAAGUAUCGCUCCAGAGAAAAGGAACUCUUUCAACGCACAGCAGAGGUCCACGCCAACGUCAUGGCCUCGAAACACAUUGAAAACUUCUUUGGUUUUGUGGCUUUAGAGAAGGCGGAGAAGGAACAAAUUGCCGAAUACCAGACUGCCGUCAAGCCCAUUUGUAGCAGGGAGUGGAACAGAGUGACAGGUGUCUACCUCUACAGGGAGAAAAACAAUCUACCUCUUUACAGCAGGCUCAAUAAAUGGGCAACAUACUCUACGGACAACAAUGUAGAAGGUUUUGAUAAAGAAAUGGAGGUUUUUAUUAGUUAGCAUAGUCUACAUCAUUUUUCUUUCAUGUGCAUUUCAGACAGUUGAAACUCGGUUUACUUGUUUUGCUUGUUACUG